UGUUUUUCUCUCUGUUUUCUUCCAGUCUUGUUCUCUUUCAUUCAGUCCAACCAACAGCAGCGUUGAAGGUUCAUAUGCAGUUCAGCUGAUGAUUGAGGAUUUUCCCAGACAGACAAUCACUCUGACUCGUUACGAUGGUUCAACGUAUUCAUGGAGCACCAGCAACUUCAUGAACCGGAUCUCUGUCCAGUUUGUCUUCAAAGUGGAUCCUGCAGCUCCGUCCUGCACAGCAGGUGAAUAUCUGCCCAGGUUUCUGCCUCCAACUCCUGAACAUGGAGCUCAGUUCUUCAUAAACAUCAAUGAGAUGAUAGAAAUCAACAUCAGAGCAGAGGCGACUCAGUCUGUGAUCACUGGGCUCCUGUUCAGCGGACCGAUCAACAUGGUCAAGAAUUCAUCUGGAUCAGGAAAUUUCACCCUGAGAUGGACGCCGUCUGUCAGUGAUGAUGAAGAAAGCCAUCCCGUCUGUUUUGCUGUCCAGGCAACAGCCUCCAGUUCUGUCUACCAGUCUGAGCUUCGAUGUGUCGUUGUGAGGGUUGGAAACAUACCUUUCAUAGCGACUCCAAGUCCUCCUCCUAAAACAUCUCGUCUUACAGUUCUGAAGAUGAAGAUCUCCACUACGCUGUCACUGAAAGAGAAUAAAGAUGAAAUUGAGAAAGCGAUUAAAGAUGAACUGAUCAGACGAGGGCUGCCUCCAGACAUCAAGAUCCGCCUGCUGAGCGACGGUUCAGUGCAAGUUAAAGAAACAGCUGCCCCCUAGUGGCUAACAAUGAGAAUGAAUCUGAUCCAUGCAGUAAAAUAUUUCUGGUUGUUAUAGGAAGUGGGACUAAUUCGUUAUUGCAAUAAGCAGAAAUAGUAGAGUGAACUUUUAUUUAUGUGUGAAAAUAUUUAUAAAAUGCAGAUAAUUUCUAUACGUGUUUAUUAGUUAUUAAUAAUAAGAUAAUGAACAGAAGAAAACGUGAAUAAAAUCAAUAUUUAGUGUCACCUGGCAGGUAUUUACUGAGUGUUUGGUUUUUAUUUAUUACCGUCUUCCACGUGUAACAUUUAUGGCUGGGAGGUUUUUAUUUACUUUAAUGUCAUAAAAUGUUUUACACUUACUGAUAAAUAAUGAAGAUGUAGUUUUAUCAUGUAUAACAGGGAUUUUUUUUAACUUUAGUUUCUUUUAUCUGUAAAGAUUAGGAAAUAAAGCAGCGACUUCUGUAUCCUGG